AUGUCUCGCACUUGCGUCGCCACCUUCGCCGACCCAAUCUCCUCCGCGAGCGAUCCCUUUCUCGCAGCCCGUGCAGCGCUCUCCGCGACGUCGCCCACGCGUCCGGGAACAGACCACACACCCGCGCACUUGUCGUCCCCAUCGCCCCCCUCUCCCCCGACCGCGGGCAUCUGGCUUCCGAACGAGACCCUCAGCGCAAUCCUUGGCUACCUUUCCCCCGAAGCCCUAGCGCAGGUCGUCCUUGUGUCGCGGCGCUGGCACGCCGUCGCCGAGCGCGUCCUUUAUGAGUCCAUCGUCAUCUCCGAGGCCAUUCCCCGCUCGUUCCCGCCGCCUUAUGUUCCUCCGCGCACGCUGCGCUGCUGCGAAACCCUCGCCAACCGCCCACACCUCUCCCUCUACGUCAGGCGCCUCCACCUUCGUUGGUAUACCUCCGCGUCUGCUUCCUCCCAUCACCCCACCUCUAUCCUCCUCCUCACUCAGCAUAUCACGCAUGCCUUGCUACCCACACUCGCCUCCCUCGCCUCCCUCUCACUCCUCCUCCCGGUCUCCUCGCUCCUCUCAUCGUCCGACCUCGCCAACCUUUUCCCCUCUCCGCCGCCGGCGCUCCCAGCGCUCCGCCGCCUUACCAUCGGAGGUCUCGGAGAUCCCUCGCCCAUCCUCCUUGUGAAUCCUCAUCUCUUACACCUCCACCUUGCCGACACCGACCCCUCCGCACCGCCGCUAUCACUCCCGCCUGAUGCUCUCUCGGAGCUUCGUGCCUUUCGCGGCCCCAUCGGCGCUGCUGUUGCCCUCCUCCCAGGUCGGCCGGUACAAGGCCUCGCACUACUCGAUACCUGCGGCACAGGCAGCAGAAGCAGUGGGAACAACAGUAACGGGGGCGUCUCGAGCGCGGACCUCGCCCGCCUGGCACACGCAAGCGCCCCGCUGCGUGUGCUCGACCUCGGCGGCGUCUCGGUGACGCCCCCGCUCCUGCGCGACGUCUCGCGGUACCUCCCGCACGUCGAGCAUCUCCGCGUGCGCCUUGCCCUGCGGCACACCUUGCACUUCGCGCUCUCGGGCAUCGUAAGUCCCACCCCCACCCCCCACCCCCCCUGA